AUCUACGUAGAAGAUGCAUGGGCAAUUGGUGGUGGUAUUCCAAAUCAAGAAGAAAGCAUUUGUAGUGGUUGUAGGGUUCACCAACAAGUGCCGGGUAGAAAAGACGAUUGAGUUUUAGAAGCCCUAAAUGCAGAUCUAAAAUAGGGAUAUGUUUUAUAUUUGGUGUAAAAUUGUCCCUCCUUAGGAGUGGUAAGGAGGCGGAACUGAAUUUUAAAAACUUCCCUGUUUGUUUUAUCGAGGCUAUGUAACCAGGAAAGACCGUUUAUAGAAUAUAUUCUAUUUGGUAAAGAAUUGAAGUAAUGGUUAUUUAUUCCUAAGACUUUUUUUCUACCUUCCCUUCGUCACUUAACUGCCUCACCUGCCAAAUUCAUGUUCCCACCUAACCAAGGACACGAUAAUGCUGAAAAGUACAAGGACAAUGCAAAUUAAAUACACACCACUGAAAUCUGUUCAAUGCGAGCCAAUUCUGUGUGUCUUCAACAAUUGCAGGUUGGUCUUUGGAAUUUGUGUUGUUUGAAAAGCUUACAUGGCACCUACAAGUGGAGAAAACACUUCUGAUUACGCUAAGGAACAGCAGGCUGUAUUGGAUGAAGAGAUAGGCCAUGUAAGACUUAUCACUCUCAAUAAUCCAAGUAAACUGAACAUUAUCACUCCGGAAGUGGUAAAGCGAUUAGCUGUGCUCUAUGAAAAGUGGGAAAAAGCGGAUGAUGUUGAGAUUAUAAUUAUCAAGGGGGUUGGCCGAGCAUUUUGUGCUGGAGGAGACUUGAGGAUGUUUUAUCAUGGAAAGGCAGAGAAACAUGUUAUUGAGGCUGUUUACAAAAUGUAUUGGCUCGAAUAUCACAUCCACACAUACAAGAAAUUACUGGUGGCAAUUGUCCAUGCAACUGCAAUGGGGGGAGGUGCAAGUCUAACAGUUCCAUCUACGUUUACAGUUGUCACAGAGAAAACUGUGUUGGCAGCACCUGAGGCUGGCCUGGGAUUUCACACUGAUGCUAGUCUCUCAUACAUUCUUUCACAUCUUCCAGGACAUCUCGGGGAGUAUCUAGCUUUAACAGGAGCACGAGUUGAUGGUGCAGAUAUGCUAUCAAUUGGUCUUGGCACACAUUAUGUUCCAUCCGAGAAAUUGCCAGAACUGGAGAAGUGUUUGGUCAAUUUGAAAUCUGGAGAUAAAGGCAUCGUCAGAGCAGCCAUUGAAGAAUUUUCAAUUGAAGUCCAGCUUGGGGAGAAAAGCAUUCUGCAUAAUCGUUUGUUGAUUGACAAGUGCUUUUCCAAUGAUACUGUGGAGGAGAUCGUAGAGUCAUUAAUUGCAGAGGGCAAUAUAGAGGGAAAUGAUUGGAUCCAAGGAAUUAUCAAGAUUCUGAAAAGAUCCUCCCCAACUGGCUUGAAGAUGACUUUAAAAUCAGUUCGGCAAGCCCGUAAUCAAACACUAGGUGAAUGCCUUAAGAAAGAGUUCCGAUUGACCCUAAACACUUUGAGAGGAGUGAUAUCCAAUGAUAUGUAUGAGGGUAUCCGAGCUCAAACUAUUGAUAAAGAUUUCUCUCCCAAGUGGAAUCCAACCUCUUUAAGUGAAAUCACUGAAGAGAAGCUAGACUUGGUCUUCCAAGCAUUUGAUGAAGAAUUUGAAUUACAAAUACCCCAAGAGGAGAAAAUACCAAGGUGGGAAGGCAAAUUUGAGAGUUCAGGCUACAAUGUGCAGUAGUCUCACUUCUUUUAACAGCAUUUAAGGUUUACUAUAUGAAAGAUCUAUCAAAUAUUUUGAGGAAGUCUGGAGAAGGAAAAUUCUAUUCAAAAAAUUCAUUUCCAUGAAAAUACCAGAUUUUACAAAUCAGAUUCAGGGAAUAACUUUAAUGCCUUAUGUUUUGUGUUCCAACUCAAGCUGGUCUUUGGAUUCACCCUUGAAUGUUGUUAAUUUUAUUUAUGUAUACCUUCGCCACCUUUUUCUCUUA